CAACAACACAGGGGAACCCCAAUACAAUUUAAGCCUAUGGCGGCCUCCGUCGAAAACCGCCAGUUCCGCCAUGAACCUGGUCUAUCCGCCGCCGGAGUUGUUCGUUCCUUCAGCCCCAACCACCAGCGUUCCGAUUCACCCAUCCGUGGCUACAACUAUCCCGCCGCCACUCGAGAUUUUUCAACGCGUAAGUCGUUUCCGGCCGAUCAGUACGAUUCCGAUGAGGAUGAUGAAGAUGAUGAGGUUGACUAUCGUGACGCCAUUAAAAAGGCCAACUCCGAAUUGGAAAGCUCCGUUUUUGAUGCUAGAGAUCUUGGCACAGCAGAUCAAUGGAUCGAGCGUAACCCAUCCAUGGUUCGACUCACCGGAAAACAUCCCUUCAACUCCGAGCCACCUUUGACUAAGCUCAUGCAGUAUGGGUUCAUCACACCUUCACCUAUUCAUUACGUCCGUAACCAUGGACUGGUCCCUAACUCCACCUGGGAGGACUGGACCGUGGAGAUUUGUGGUUUGGUCAAACGACCUGCUCGUUUCACCAUGACCCAGCUUGUGAACGAGUUUCCGAGCAGGGAAUUGCCCGUGACGUUAGUCUGCGCCGGAAACCGCCGAAAGGAGCAGAACCUGACGAAACAGACAAUAGGGUUCAAUUGGGGUGCCGCCGGUAUAGCGACGUCGGUUUGGAAAGGGGUGCCAUUGGUCCAUAUCCUGAAACGAUGUGGGAUUUACAGCCGGAAGAAAGGGGCGCUGAAUGUGUGCUUCGAGGGCGCGGAGGAUCUUCCCGGCGGCGGUGGUUCAAAAUACGGAACCAGCUUAAGGAUCGAGAUGGCAAUGGAUCCUGCGAGAGAUAUCAUCAUGGCAUACAUGCAAAACGGAGAAAAGUUGUUGCCUGAUCAUGGGUUUCCGGUGAGGAUGAUAAUUCCAGGAUUCAUUGGUGGCCGGAUGGUGAAGUGGCUGAAACGUAUCAUAGUGACGACGCCGGAGUCAGACAACUAUUAUCACUUCAAAGACAACCGUGUGUUACCGUCGCACGUAGAUGCAGAACUAGCCAACUCUGAAGGAUGGUGGUACAAGCCUCAAUACAUAAUCAACGAGCUGAACAUAAACUCGGUGAUUACAACUCCUUGCCACGAAGAGAUAUUACCCAUUAAUUCAUGGACUACUCAAAGACCUUAUACAUUGAGGGGCUAUGCUUAUUCUGGAGGUGGUAAGAAAGUGACACGUGUCGAGGUAACAUUGGACGGAGGGGAAACAUGGAACGUUUGCAACCUGGACGUUAGGGAAAAACCAAACAAGUAUGGGAAAUAUUGGUGUUGGUGUUUCUGGUCACUGGAGGUUGAGGUUCUGGACCUCCUUGGAGCCAAAGAGAUCGCGGUUCGAGCCUGGGACCAGACCCUCAACACCCAACCCGACAAGCUCAUUUGGAAUCUCAUGGGUAUGAUGAACAAUUGUUGGUUCCGAGUGAAGACCAACAUGUGCAAACCACACAAGGGCGAAAUCGGAAUCGUGUUCGAGCACCCAACACAACCCGGAAACCAGUCCGGUGGAUGGAUGGCUCGUGAGAAACACCUCGAGAUUUCAUCGGAGUUGGCUCAUCCAACCCUCAAGAAAAGUGUAUCCUCCCCUUUCAUGAACACUGCUUCUUUAACCUACACCAUGUCUGAAGUCAAGAAACACAACUCAGCCGACUCGGCUUGGAUUGUCGUCCAUGGUCACAUCUACGACUGCACCAACUUCCUCAAAGACCAUCCCGGUGGUAGUGACAGCAUUCUCAUCAAUGCUGGAACCGACUGUACUGAAGAGUUCGAUGCAAUCCAUUCCGAUAAGGCCAAGAAGCUCCUGGAAGAGUUUCGAAUCGGUGAGCUCAUAACCAUGGGCUACAACUCUGAUUCGGCUGCAUCAUCACCGAAUAACUCGGUCCAUGGUGCCAACAAUUACAUCUCCUCACACCUAGCCACCAUCAAAGAAAUCAUGCCAACAAGAAACAUAGCCCUAAUCCCUCGUGAAAAGACCCCAUGCAAGCUCAUCUCAAAAACAGCAGUUUCUCACGAUGUCAGGCUCUUCAGGUUCGCCCUUCCUUCACAAGAUCAAGUUCUAGGGUUACCAGUGGGCAAGCACAUAUUCUUAUGUGCUACCAUUGACGAUAAGCUCUGCAUGAGAGCAUACACACCAACUAGCACCAUUGAUGAAGUUGGAUACUUUGAGUUACUGGUUAAAAUCUACUUCAAAGGGGUCGAACCCAAGUUUCCAAAUGGAGGUCUGAUGUCACAGUAUCUAGAGUCAUUGCCACUGGGUUCUUUACUCGACAUCAAAGGUCCAUUGGGACACAUCGAGUACAUGGGGAAAGGGACGUUUUCGGUCCAUGGAAAACAAAAGUUUGCCACCAAGUUAGCCAUGUUUGCAGGUGGGACUGGAAUAACACCCAUAUAUCAAGUGAUGCAGUCGAUCUUGAGGGAUCCAGAAGAUGAUACAAAGAUGUAUGUGGUGUAUGCAAAUAGAACAGAAGAUGAUAUACUACUGAGAGAAGAACUGGAUGCAUGGGCAGAGAAGUAUCAAGAAAGAGUGAAGGUGUGGUAUGUGGUGGCGAAAUCGGUAAGAGAAGGGUGGAAAUACAGCGAAGGGUUCAUCACUGAGGAUAUUAUGAGGGAACACAUUCCAGAGGUCUCUGAAGAUACAUUGGCUUUGGCUUGUGGACCACCACCUAUGAUUCAAUUUGCCAUAAACCCUAAUUUGGAGAAGAUGGGGUAUGAUAUCAAGAAUUCUUUGCUGGUGUUUUAGUGUAUUAAUAUUAUCAUAAUUGGAGGUGGGUUAAAUUUUUAUUUCGAAAAUAAAAGUGAUCAUAUAUGUACAUAGUACUCUAUUUGUGAACAUCUUUGUACGUGAGAGUUAUUAAGAAUUAAUAGAAAAUGAUAAUAAUUUGUCUGUAACUUUCAUAUA